AUGAGGCGAAGUGGUAUCGGUGGGAUGAACCAUUCUUGUUUCGACAAGGUUCAGAUCAAAUUAUCCAGAAGGUGCAUUCCAUACAGUCAGAUCGAAGGAAUUUUUCAAGCUUACCACGACUCUACUUAUGGAGAACACUAUGGGGGACAGAAGACAGUUGCUCAUAUUCUGCAUGCGGGUUUCUUUUGGCCAACGCUCAUCUCUCGAAGGGAUGAAAUGCCCCUCAAUGUACUUCUUGAGAUUGAAAUCUUCGAUGUGUGGGUCAAGGCUUUACCAACCAACACAGCUGCAGUAGUCAUCAGUUUUCUUCAGAAGAACAUAUUCACUCGCUUUGAUACUCCUCGAGUUAUAAUUAGUGAUGAGGAAUCACACUUUUGCAAUCGCAAGUUCACAUCGCUAAUGGAAUGGUUUGGUAUCAAUCAUAGAGUUGCCAUUGCUUAUCACCCUCAAACGAAUGGGCAAGCUGAGGUAUCUAAUCGUGAAAUCAAGCGAAUCUUUGAGAAAGUGGUGAGUCCUUCGAGGAAAAAUUGGGCAUUGAAGCUUGUUGAGGCCGUCUGGGCCUAUAGAACAGCUUACAAAACUCCAUUGGGGAUGUCUCCUUUUCAGUUGGUCUAUGGAAAAGCAUGUCAUUUGCCUGCAGAGUUAGAGCAUAAAGCAUAUUGGGCUCUAAAGAAAUUGAACUUUGAUAUGACAGCUAUUGGUGAGAAACGAAUGCUUCAAAUCAAUGAACUUGACGAGUUCAGGUUUCUGGCGUACGAAAACAGUAAGCUUUACAAGGAAAAAGUCAAGAGAUGGCAUGAUAGGAAGUUGGUGCAAAAAGAGUUCUUCAUUGGCCAACAAGUUCUACUUUAUAAUUCUCGUCUCAGACUAUUUCCGAGGAAGUUGAAAUCUAGGUGGUCUGGUCCUUUCACAAUUAAGACGGUGUUUCCACACGGAGCAAUUGAAAUAUUUGAGACAACACCGGAUGAAGCAUUUAAAGUGAAUGGUCAGAGAUUGAAGCCAUAUUUUGGAGAAACGGUGAAUCGCGAAUCGGUAAGCCUCGUUCUUUCUAUCAUUUAA